UCUGCAAAACUUUAAAAUGUGAGGCACGCCGUACCUCAAGAUCGAUGAUAAGUCUCGAAACUGAAGUCCGUACCUUCCGGACGAUCGUGCCUGUCCGACCGACUUAGGGGGGGGGCGCUCAGCUCUGCGACAGACCGCGUUCUGUCGGCCUCAAGCCGGAUAUAUAAACAUAUGUGCUCGGACGGAUUAUCUGUGGCGAUAUCGUUUGGUAUCCCGCAGCUUUCCUUACCGCCACCAUGAGUGCUGAAGUUUCCCAUGGUCCUAUGCUCAUUGGACAUUUCUUCAACAUUCUUCUCAUGGGCGUCGUACUGGCUCAGUCGUAUAUAUACUUGGUCACAUACCAGAAACGUGACAAGCUUUGGAUGAAGCUUUUCGUGGUCUUUCUCCUUCUCAUCAACGUCAUAAACACGGCCCUACAAUUCGCCUACAUGUAUACCUCUCUUAUACUACACUUCAGCGACGUGGAUUAUCUCCUCAAUAUAACUAUACUCUUCGCUGUGUCCGCUGCAUUGACGGGCAUCGUGUCUGGCUCUGUACAACUAUUUUUCGCAUGGAGAGUAAAGAUUUUAACGUCGAAUAUUUGGUUGGUGGCUUUGGUCGUUGUAACCGCAGUAGCGGGUACCGUGGGAGCCAUAGGUAGUACCGCUGAGGCCAUGAGAGCUGGGACGUUCCUUAAAUUUCAAGAAAUCAAGUCUUGGGUUAUCCUUUGGCUUGUGAGUGCCUGCGUCGCCGACAUGCUCAUUACCGUUAUUCUGGUCUGGCAUCUGAGAAGGCACAAGACGGGAUUCCAAGCGUCUGAUGAAUUGGUCGACAAGAUCAUUCGAUCUACUGUGCAAACCGGUUUGAUAACUUCGGUAUGUGCUAUCGUGGAUUUGAUCACGUAUCUCUUGGUUUCAAAUUCGCUUCACCUGCUGUUCAACUUCCCCCUUUCGAAGCUAUACACGAACACGCUUAUGAGUAGUCUCAAUUCGCGAGGUGGAUGGGCCUACGAUAGCAGUGCCAAUAACCAUUCGCACUCACACACCACGGGCGGUAUUGUGUCUACGUCAGGAGGUACUGCUUCGCGGACAAAGAAAAGCGAUACUGCUGUUCUCCGCUUUGGCGCUAAUACCCGUCCAGAAGUCUUCGUGUCCGUUGAGCAACACGAGAUGGGCGACAUCCAGCGAAUAGAAUCUGAGGAUAUAAAAGUGGCUAACGACAACGUUUCCACGACUAGCAGGGAACCAUGGGAAAGUGAAACGAAAAACGCUGGUAGUAAUGUGUGAUCAAAAUGCAGACGAUGCGCCACGGUAUUAAU